UUAUAAAGAAUCGCAAUGAAUAAAAGAGGUAAUUAUAAAACGUACUAUGACAGGGAUUGUUUAACUUCAAAGAUUCCUCGGUCAACAAGUUAUAUAAAAAAAAACAGUACUAAAUUUGAAUCAAAAAAUUUGUUACAAACAGAACAUUUCAAUGAGCACAAUAAGUUUUCUAAAUUGACCUCAAAUACUAUGUUUCAUGACAUUGAUAGCUCUUCUAGCAUCAAUAAUUCAUCAAAAGGAGAUGGAUUGUUACUUAAAUCAGAUUUUAGAAAUACACGUGUUGCAGAUUCUUUUGACCAUGUUCGCGUAUCCACUGAGUAUACAUCAAAACAUAACCUCUUAUUUGAUGCAGACUUUGAAGAAAUAAAUGUAAGUACAGUUUUAUAAUAAAUGAAGCUUAGUCAAAAUCAAAU